AUGGGCGUCACCCCGUUCCACCAUUCCAUCCUCAAAGUCCGGUUGCCGAAACACUUCGACAAACCAACGGACAUGAGGUACGAUGGAACUCAAGACCCCCUAGAACAUCUCACGGCUUUCGAAGCGAGGAUGAACCUAGAGGGAGUAGGGGACGAGGUAAGAUGCCGAGCUUUUCCGGUGACCCUGGCGGGACCCGCGAUCAGGUGGUUUAACGGCCUCCCGCAGGGAUUCAUCUACAGCUUCUCGGACAUCAGUCGUGCGUUCCUGGCCCAGUUUACGACGCGAAUAGCAAAGGCAAAGCACCCGAUCAACCUUUUGGGGAUAACACAAAGACAGGGAGAGCCGACCAGGAAGUACCUGGACCGGUUCAACAACGAAUGCUUGGAAAUCGACGGCUUAACCAACUCGGUGGCCAGCCUUUGCCUGACGAACGGCCUCCUCAACGAAAACUUUCGAAAACACCUUACCACGAAACCAGUUUGGAUGAUGCACGAGAUCCAGACGGUAGCCAAGGAGUAUAUAAACGACGAAGAAGUCAGCCGAGUCGUGGCUGCCAAUAAGCGGCAGUCCGGCUACAGCCAAGCUCGGCAACAGGGUAACGGAGAAAGAGCAAAGGAGCAAGCCAGGGAGGAGGCACCAAGCAAGGCACCCAUGCCGUUCCCCCGGGUCGGGAAAUUCGCUAACUACACCCCGCUCACUCUCCCCAUCGUGGAAGUCUAUCAACAAAUAGCCGAGAAGGGCAUUCUGCCGAAGCCCCGACCACUCAAGGACCGUACGGGAGGAAACAAGAACCUCUAUUGUGACUACCACAAGGGUUACGGCCACCAAACGCAGGACUGUUUCGACCUGAGGGAUGCACUCGAACAAGCGAUAAGAGAAGGUAAACUAGCAGCAUUCUCUCAUCUUAUCAGAGAACCGAGGAGGCGCUACCGCGACCAAGACGAAGAAGGCAAAACCCGCUCGGCGAAACGGCGACAAGAGCCAGAAGAAAGGGACCACGGCCUCACUGUGAUAAACGUCGUGACAGCCAAGAACGCCGCGCCAAAAUCCCGAUCGGCACACAAGAAAGAUGCUAAGGUCUUGACGGUCUCCUCCCCGUUGGUGCGAAACUCUAAGAAACCUCCCUCCAUUUCUUUCGGCCCGGAAGAUCAAUGGUUCGACGACGCCCUGGAAAACCCCCCCAUGGUCAUUACGGCCAGAGUGGGAACCGGCCUCGUCAAACGCAUCCUUGUCGACACAGGAGCUGAUUCAAACAUCAUGUUCCGCAACGUGUUUGACGCACUUGGGCUAAAGGACGCCGACCUGAUGACUCACCAGCACGGGGUCAUUGGGUUGGGCGACCACUUCAUCAAACCUGACGGAGUAAUAUCCCUGCCGAUCUCGAUAGGGCAAGCCCAAGGUCGAAGAUCGGCGAUGGCCGAGUUCGUAAUCCUCCGAGAUUCCACCGCCUAUAAUAUCAUCUUGGGAAGGAAGACGAUAAACGAUGUUGAAGCGAUAAUCAACACUAAGCUGCUAGUCAUGAAGUUCGUUACCGACGACGGAUCCAUAGGGUCCAUAAGAGGGGAUCUCGAGACGGCAGUCGCAUGUGACAAUGCCAGCCUAUCCCUGAGAAGGAAAUCCAGAGAGGCAUCCGGUGUGUUCCUAGCCGACCUGGACGCCAGAGUAGACGACAAACCUAGACCAGAACCAGAAGGGGAUCUGGAAAAACUCGUGAUCGGCGACACGGAGGAGAAGUUCACAUUCAUCAACAAGAACCUGCCACGUGAGUUAAAGGAGUCCUUGGUCGAAAUGAUAAGGGCCAAUAGGGAUUUGUUCGCCUGGACACCUGCCGACAUGCCAGGCAUAGACCCAAAAAUCAUGUCACACCAUCUGGCUGUCAGGUCGAAAGCACGCCCAGUAGCGCAACGAAGGAGAAAGAUGUCGACAGAGAGGGCGGAGGAGGUGGCCAGGCAGACGGCCAACCUCCUGGAAGCAGGUUUCAUACGAGAAGUGGACUACUCGACGUGGCUCUCGAAUGUAGUCCUAGUGAAAAAACACAAUGGCAAGUGGAGAAUGUGUGUAGACUACUCUGACCUUAACAAGGCAUGCCCUAAGGAUUGUUUCCCCCUCCCUAACAUAGACGCACUCGUCGACGCUGCGGCGUGCUACCGUUAUCUAAGCUUCAUGGACGCCUACUCCGGAUAUAACCAGAUACCGAUGCACCGUCCAGACGAAGACAAAACGGCGUUCAUAAUGCCAGGAGGAACCUUAUGUUACAAGGUGAUGUCAUUCGGUCUGAAAAACGCAGGGGCGACAUACCAAAGGCUUAUGAGCAAGAUUUUCCACGAUCUAAUAGGCAAGACAGUGGAAGUCUAUGUCGACGACAUCCUUGCGAAAACAAAGCAACCUGACGACCUCAUAACGGAUCUGGGAAAGGUAUUCGCGUCUCUCCGGCAACACGGCAUGAGGCUGAAUCCCCUCAAGUGUGCCUUCGCCAUGGAAGCCGGCAAGUUCCUAGGAUUCAUGAUAACUCAGAGAGGGGUAGAAGCUAACCCGGAGAAGUGCCAGACGAUACUCCAGAUGAAGAGCCCGGGUUGUAUCAAGGAUGUCCAAAGGUUGGCGGGGCGGUUGACCUCGUUAUCCCGGUUUCUCGGGGCAUCGGCAACAAAGGCCCUGCCAUUCUUUAACCUCAUGAAGAAAGGGAUGGCGUUUGAGUGGACACCCGCAUGUGAGGAGGCCUUUCGGCACUUCAAGAAAAUCCUGGCGGCACCACCCGUCCUCGGGAAGCCAAAGGACGGGGAACUACUAUACCUGUACCUCGCCAUAACAGGAGAAGUCCUGGCUGCAGUUCUGGGCCUUGCAAGGGGCAGAAUUAAGGUACAGCAAGCUGGAAAAACUAGCCCUAGCACUCUUGACUUCCUCACAAAGGUUAAAGCAGUACUUCCAGAGUCACCAGGUUGUCGUGAGAACGGACCAAUGGAUCCGGCAAGUACUUCAAAAACCCGACCUGGCGGGAAGAAUGAUGACUUGGUCCAUCGAACUCUCCCAGUACGAUAUACGAUACGAACCCCGGCAACCCAUCAAGCGCAGGCGAUGGCAGAUUUUCUAGUAGAAGUAACGGGGGAUCCAACCGAAGAAGCGAGUACACGGUGGAAGCUCCACGUGGACGGAGCCUCCAACCAGACAUUUGGAGGUGCCGGGAUCAUCCUGGAAUGUCCGGUUGGAGUUGUAUACGAGCAGUCGGUCAGAUUCGAAUUUCCCAUCUCGAACAACCAGGCAGAAUAUGAAGCCCUUAUAGGGGGCUUAACCCUAGCAGCGGAAGUCGGAGCAAGAAGACUGGAAAUAUGCAGUGAUUCCCAAGUCGUCACCUCCCAGGUAAACGGGAGCUACCAAGCCAAAGACUCGUUGUUACAAAAGUACUUGGAAAAAGUUAAAAGCUUGAGCCAAAAGUUUGAAGAGGUCACGGUCCACCACGUACCUAGAGAAAGGAACACACGGGCAGACCUCCUAUCGAAGUUGGCCAGCACGAAGCCGGGAGAAGGCAACCGGUCUCUCAUUCAAGGUAUGACAAGAGAACCAGCGAUCACACUGCACGUGUCAAGCCUAGGUUCUUCAUGGCUAGACUCCAUCACCAACUUUCUAGAACACGGCAAACUCCCUGACGACGAAAAGGAUGCGGCGAAAUUGAGAAGGGAAGCAGCCAAGUACGCUGUCAUCCAAGGACAGAUGUUCAGGAAAGGGCUCAACCAACCCCUACUGAAGUGCCUACACCCCGACCAGACGGACUACGUCCUCAGGGAAGUCCAUGAAGGCUGCUGCGGACACCACAUCGGAGGCAAGGCCUUAGCAAGAAAAUUAAUUCGAGCCGGAUACUAUUGGCCGUCAAUGAUGGCGGACUCCAAGGAGUUUGUCAAAAAAUGUAUGAAGUGUCAACAGAACGCCAAUUUCGCCAGGGCGCCGGCCUCCGAGUUAAGCUUGCUAACGACCUCCCGGCCAUUUUCUCAAUGGGGAGUCGACCUCUUAGGGCCCUUCCCAGUCGGUCCCGGACAAGUCAAGUACCUCAUAGUCGCAAUUGACUACUACACCAAAUGGAUAGAGGCCGAACCACUAGCUAGCAUAUCCUCGUCCAAUUGCAAGAAAUUCAUGUGCAGGCAGGUGAUAACACGAUUUGGGAUACCAGAAGUCGUCAUCUCGGACAACGGCACGCAGUUUACUGACAAGAAGUUCACGGAAUUCCUUAACGGCCUGGGUAUAAGACAUAGGUUCUCUUCGGUAGAACAUCCCCAGACAAACGGGCAGGUGGAGUCCGCCAACAAGAUUAUCCUUUCAGGACUGAAGAAGAGGUUGGAUAAUAAAAAGGGUGCUUGGGCCGACGAACUAGCCUCGGUUCUCUGGUCCUACCGAACAACUGAACAAUCCUCCACUAAGGAGACUCCCUUCCGGCUAACGUAUGGGGUGGAUGCAGUAAUACCCGUAGAGAUCGGUGAACCGAGCCCCCGGUUACUUUUGAAAGGAGUAGAGGAAACCGUGGAAAAGGACCUGAUAGAUGAAGCCAGAGAAAUGGCUCAUUUGACAGAGACAGCUGACGAAUGGAUUUUUGACGCGCUAAAACAAAGAAUGGCUCUGCGCUACAACACCAAAGUGCUCAAGAGGGAAUUCGAGCCGAACGAUCUCAUCCUGAGGCGAAACGACAUCGGCCCACCGACCCCUGGAGAAGGCAAGCUAGCGGCAAACUGGGAAGGCCCCUAUAGAAUCAAAAAAGUGAUGGGUAAAUGUGCUUUCAAGUUAGAAAGGCUUGAUGGUAAGGAAGUCCCGAGAACGUGGAACGCGAACAACUUGAGAAGAUUCUACUCUUAG